UUUAGUGUAAUCUAACCGUAAAUCUGUAUCAGCAUGACGCUUACAGUAUUAAAGCAUGCGCCUACUGACUAUCGUGAUCACAAUAUUAGAUUUUUGUUAUAACAUCACGGACACGAAUCGGUUUAUAGGUCCAUGUUAAGACUUAUUAAAAUGCGAACAUGUUUCCUGCGUAAAUUUAAAACGUCAACCGAAUCAAGAUUAUUUUCGUCCGUAUUUGAUGUGCAUAAUUUGGCACUUUCAGUUUGUCUAACAAUGGACGUUAAACCGGCACAACUCGGUGUCGAGAUACGAGGUGUAGACCUAAAUGAAAGUAUUUCCGAGGAAUUGAUUAAAAAAAUUAAAUCGGAAGUGCAUGUUCAAAGACUUCUCAUUUUUAAGAACCAAAAUCCCAUCAGUGGAAAACGGCAGGUUGAGAUCAGUAAAUGGUUCGGCGAUCUGGAAUCGACCUUUUACAAGCAUCCGAAAUCGCCACAUCCGGAUGUAUUUCGCGUUUCUAACGUCGCGGAAGAGGGUUGUACCAAUGUAGGGAGAACCGGGUGGCAUAUUGACGGCAGUUUCAUGGCUAAACCUUUCGGAUUUUCACUGUAUUAUAUGACGUCAGUUCCUAGAAAUGGAAACACUGACUUUGUGCCUCUGAAAGAGUUGAUAGAGAGCUUAUCGGAGGAGCGACGUGCCCGCUUCGAGAGGCUGUGGAUGCUGCCAGACCGCCGGGACCGCCUCACACACCCUCUUAUAUAUCCGCACCCCGCUACCGGACAACCGACACUAUGUUUCCACCUCGGUAUGACCGAACGGUUCGUCUGGGAUUAUGGAACGCCCCAACAGCGCGUUACUGACCGCUCCGAGACGGCCGAAAUUAUACAGGAAAUUCAUAACGAAAUUGUCAAGGACGACCGUAAACUCGUGUAUUCUCAUAAGUGGGAGGAGGGCGACUUCAUAAUUUCUGACAAUCUCGCAGUGGGUCAUGAGGCGUCCCCCGAAACCCAGUUGCCAAGGGAAAAGGUUGGGCUACGCGUCCUUCACCGGACAACGAUCAAAGGCACGAACGUGCCGAGCAAACCGGGCGUGGUGGCGGAGGGGAGUAGCGAUGAGGAUAGAUAAAAGUGGAACAUUUGUACAAAAAAAUACUUGUUUCUUGUUCGAGCCCAGGACCCAUAUUUACUUACGCCCGAUGUCUGAGUUCUAAAGAGAGCCAUUUUGUAUAUGACCGUAAACCUAUUGCCAGGAAAUGUCGAUGUUAAUAGCUGUACUGUACAAGUUACAAAUAAUAUGUUCAUUGCCUUAUCACGUGACAUGGCGUUUGUGAAAAUAAAAUUGAAGUAUAAAACACGAUUUGGCUAUACAUACCAGAUAAAUUGAAAAGGGCAGAUAUUUGCAUUACACUCUAUAUUAUUUAUAAAAGGUGGUCAACAAACAGAAAGACUAACAUUUUGUCAAAAUGUAUGAAUGUGUUUUGCCUGAUUGCUACGAAAAAUUGUACUCUGAAGAACAGUAGGGUAGUUUCCGUGCGCAAAUCGGUUGUAUUAUGACCAGUUUUUCAAAAAGAAACGUUUAAUCCCUCUUGUACAUGCAUUUGCUUGACAUCUGACAAUUGGCACGACUGCCUCCUACAUAUUGCUGAAGUUAAAUUCAGGCUAGAUGUUUCAAAACCGACAAUCGCUGUGAUUCUGUUUUUAUCUUUUUACAAGUGCUGUGCUUAAACUGUCAAGUAUAAAAUAUUCAGUUUUGAGGAUUGCUUAUGUUUGAAACUAGUAAUGUUAUUGAAAUAAAUUGAUGUGCUUGUUGUGUUUGUAUGACUAGUAACACUGUA